CAAAAUGGGGAAGAAAAACUCCAUGCUGACCCUGUUGAAAUGUGACCUCUGCUCCGUGUUUUCUACCAAGAAUGCCUAUAUCUUCAAACGCCACAAGAUACGAUGUAAGCGUGAGAGGUACACAGAGGCCCACGCCCCUAAACAAGACAAAGUGAAACUAAAACUGUCUGGUGCCUCCCUGUUUGCAUCAGCAUCGACGUCAAAAUUACCAAAAUUGGAACUACAAGAGCCCAGUUCCUCAGCAGACCAGUCAGUAGAUUUGAAUGUUCAGACUGAAGAAGAACCGACUGCUGCCAAUUCGCAAACAGAGACCUAUCGAAAAGGCAAUGUCUAUUGUAGAACAUACCGAUGUCCCGAGUGCACCUACUGGACUAACAAAUCAAAGACUUUUCUUUACCACAUGAUUGACACCCAUCAUAAGAACCUCAGUAUCUUCUCUUGUAACUUCUGCGAGUAUGCCUGUAAACAUCGACACAAAGUACAGCGUCACCUGAAGUUGGUUCAUCGCUACAAUAUUGAUAUUGAUGAUGUCAAGAUUGAAUACCAGACUGAAAUGUCAGCUGCCAACUACAAGAGUAAGUCUCCAAAAGUACCAGCAGAGAGCCCAGUUAAAAACAUUGCUCCACUGAAGGUGAAGAUUGCGUUGACGACCACGGCCAGUCGACAAGCGGCCCGUGGUAAAGAUAUUUUACCUGUGGGUUAUGAAAACCACAUGGUUGAAUUGACUUCAGGAGGCCAGAAGCUUUUCAAGUGCAAAUACUGUCUGUUCAACAAUGCAGAUAAGUAUCGUGUGUCAAAGCAUGUGCAAUGCAUUCACAUCAACGCAAGAACCUAUAAAUGCAACAUUUGCAGUUUCACUACUGUGAAAAAGAAGGACUAUUACAUGCACAAAUCUUCACAUAGUGGCAAGACUGCUUACAAGUGCAUGGAAUGUGACUAUACAUCAGAUUUCAAACCCAACCUUGACCGGCACAGACUCAACCACACCAACAAAUACAGCAUCAAAUGUAAAUUCUGUACAUACUCGUGUGACCAUGAGGGCACUGUAAAGCGCCACAUGGCCAACAAUCACACAAAUAGUGCAGAGAAUGUGUCUCUGAUUUUCCCCGAUGCCGAUACCUCAGUCGAGUCCACCAUAGAUGAAGCACCUCCUCAAGGUAUAAAGGCUGCAAUGGCCUCACCGAUUCCUAGCAAACAGAAAGGCCCAAAUACAUCCUUGAAUAUGUCCGACACUGAAAUAGCAGGAGAUGGAAUUCCGAGUCUUCAAACUGUGGAAGGAAGUUUCUUCUGUCCUCUCUGUGGUCUCAAGUACAAACGCUCUUCUGACCUGAACCGUCAUAUGAAAUUAAAGCAUAAGAUGACAGUAAAGCAGUAUCUACGCGACAUUGACUUGUAUACAAACACUGCAACUCCUGUCAUUUCGAACCAGGUGGAAGAGGAGGAGGAGGAGGCUGAUGGGGACGGACCAUUGGACCUGUCAGUGUCAUCAAAUAAGGAUCUGGACGACUCUAUGGACAAAGACAACCUGAAAUGCUGCUACUGUACCUACCAUGCGAAGUGGCCGAGUGACCUGCAGCGUCACAUGGUCGUGCACACCGUAGAGAAACGCUAUAAGUGUCCACACUGCAACAAACAAUAUAAGUAUGUGGGUGACCUCAACGUCCAUCUCCGACGCGAUCACAAAAAAGAGCCUGGCUCGGUCAAACAUGUCAAGGUUCCCACUAUUCCAAACCGCAAGUCCUCACCAGCUAUAUUUAAAUGCCCAUCUUGUUCGUUCACAUCUCCCUGGAAGUCUGAGGUUGACAGGCACUCCAAGCUCCACAAGGGCGACAAACCUUUUUGCUGCAAGCACUGUGUAUACCAGACACACUGGAAGGGGGAUAUUCGCAGGCACAUGUACAAACAUCACCCAGCCGUCAUGGUAGAUGACGUCAUACUGGAUGAAGUCAUCACAAUCCUGGCUGACAAACUACCAGGAAAGGACAAGGAGGUGGGCGAACCAUUAGAUGAUGAGAAAAUGGAGGUUGGAAGCAACUCUAGUCAUGAUACAGACCAUGUGUUUGAUGGGGAGGAUAAUGACGAUGACAGCGAUUCAGAGUCUACACCAUUAAAGCCAUCACCCUCGGGCCUAUAUCGCUGUAAUUUCUGUGACUUUGUAACCAAUGCCCAAUCUAAGCUGAAGGCUCAUGAAUCGACCCACACCAACCUCAAGCAGUACAUGUGUCCUAUAUGUGGUCGCCGUGCCAACUGGAAGUGGGACAUCAGGAAACAUAUUAGAAAGGAUCACCCUGUCAGCGCCCUGGAUGUGGUGAAGCUUAGUCGUCAGGAGGCAGAGGCCACCAUACAGGCAUACCUGGACACCAUGCCUGUUGUCAGACGGGAACACCACCUCAAUGUUCCCACAAAUAAUGAGGAGGAAGAGGGAGAGGCAGGUAAACCUGGCAACAGCUUUGUCUGUAGUGCCUGUGAUUUCAACUCCAGCACCCGAGUCGCUGUGAGUAGACAUAUUCGUACCGCACACAGUGGCCUGAAUGUAGACAUCAUCUGUUUGGUUGAGGAAGAUGUGGAUGAUGAGAUUCAGAUAAAAAUUCCCCGUAUUAGUUCAGAGUCUAAGACAUCCACUCCAGUUGCCGUGGCUGAUAAUUCAACUAGCAAUCUUGCACCACUUUUUAAUGCUGGAGAUAAGCCAUAUAAAUGCGUAGCAUGUGGAAAAACUGGCAAUAUUAAAGCCGACAUUCGAAAACAUUACCAUUACCGUCAUCCAAACCAGCCAAUCAAAAUCUGGUACACCGAUGAGAGUGGUACUAAAAUGCUUCCAGAAGAACCCCCAAUGCCACGCAACAACAAGAGGAAGCUGUCAUCCUCAUUCACCUCUAACAUGCUAGAUCUAGAAAAGACCCCCGGCAAGGAUAUUGCAAAUGACACAGAGGCCACACCUGAAAAGCUAACCCCCGAGGUUGUACAGAAUCGAGUGUCUGCAGCUAGCCUGAUCAAACCGUUCAUGUGUGGCGAUUGUGGAAAACGCAGUGCUACGAAGGCAGAUAUUAAAAAACACUACAACUAUAUCCAUCCAGGACUGGAGGUUAGAGUGGUUUACCAGGAAAAUCCAAACUCACCGUACGAUAGAUUCAAACCUGUGCAUAAUAGUCAGACGACUCCUGCUUCAUCUCCAUCAAAGGGACCAUCCCCUAGCAAACGCCCUUAUAAUAAUUACCCCGGAGGACUGCCAAUUGCCUCUGCCGAUCCCAAAGUAUUUGGGUACUGUAAGCCAUUCCAGUGCUCAGACUGUGGACGCCGCUCCAACUGGAAGUGGGACCUGAACAAGCACAUCAGAAUGAAGCACCCUGGCAGUACAACAGCUCACAUGAUCGCGCUAACUGAAGCAGAGGCCCGUGCCACCCAUGACGAGUACAUGGCUCAGUUCAGCCAGACCACUCAUGUUUCUAGCGCCUACAAACGGGCAGUACUUCAGGAGGCAGAGAAGGUUCCGAAGACAAGUCCCCAGAAUAUACCUAGCAAGGGAGUCUACAAGCAGUUCAAAUGUUCAGGAUGUCCUUACAGGUCUAACUGGCGUAGUGAUAUUGUACGUCAUACAAAGCGUAAACAUGGCGGCCGCUCCAGACUGGUUGUCAUGGAUACGGAGGAGGCUAAAGUGUCCCUGAUGGAGUAUAACUAUAAUCCAAGGAAAAAGAGAGAAGGAGAUGAAAAUCCUCCCUCAAAACAAGGCGGCGGUCUGACAAACAUUUGGAAAUGUGGAAAAUGUUCAUUCAAAAACCGUGACCGAACAGUCGUGAUCAACCAUCUUAGCAUGCACAAUGUUAAGGCCUAUAGAUGUUCCCUUUGUAACUACUCCACCAAUUAUAGGAGCUCUGCCUGUCGUCAUAUUAGGGUAAGACAUCAUAGUGAAAACUUGUCCCUGUGUCGAUCUGCUAUCAAAUGUGUCAAGCAAGGCAAGGACGGCCAGGUGCUGGAGCCAGUCGCCAACACAGAAAAGGAAGAAUUUGACUGGAAGGAUGCUGAGCCAAAUAAUUUUUACGAUGUGUUCAAGUGUAAACUGUGUGGAUUUCAGUCCAGCUGGAGGUCCUGUGUCACCCGACAUCUUCGUGAGAAACACAAGGGUGGUGGAAGUAAGGGUAAAGUUCUCAGAGUCCGCAAAUAUCUCAAGGAUGAACAGAAAUCAAAAAGUAAUGUUCGCAUUGCAGACCGGCGGUUCAAGUGUGAUGUAUGUCCAUACAGAACUGACAAAUCCAACCUCCUGCAGUUCCACAUGAGUUGUCACAAGGCCCAGCCUGAUUCACAACAGGUCAAGUGUCCUUACUGUCCAUAUUUUGUCGUGGCUCAGCGACUUCUCCGCCAGCAUAUCAAGCUCCACGAAGAAAAUGUUUAUCCAGAACCUACCAAUAACAAAGAGGUGGUUUUCUCUGCCCCUACAACUCCAGUUAAGAAUGUCACGCCAGUUUUUCAAACCACUCCUAAACGUCACCGCUGCGAGAAAUGUCCCUACACCAGUAACAGCAAAAACGAUUACUUGUACCACAAGCAGUUCCACAAGCCCAAGGAGAAUGCAGAGUUCAAAUGCCAUUUGUGUGACUACUGGGUAACACAUAGACGACUGUUGAAACAGCACAUGAAAGUACACGAGGUCAACCACCAAUCGCCUGCAGCCAAGAGCACCAACAGCUCUGCACAGUCAUCGCCCUGCAAGUCUGACUUUUCCGAGUCCAGCAGUAUCUAUGACAUGGUACAACUUGCUAACUACAAACAAAAAGUCAUUGCCUCCAAGAUAAUGCCCAGUAUUUCCCAGAAGCCCCUGAUGUCUCCAAUGAAGAUUGCCUGCUCAGUUGGUAACAAGCCUGGCUAUGUGUUCAGGAAUGGCGUCUACAAGAAACUCCAAAAAUGUAAGAAGUGUCCAUACAUGACCGUUCGUCUGAGGAACCUCAAGUUGCAUGAAAUGAUGCACAACGUGCGGAUAUCAAGGAACCCUCUGCUCAAGUGUCCACACUGUGACUACUAUGUUGGCUCCAAGGGUCUGAUUUCCCACCAUCUCAAAGUGCACCAACCUGGCUACAUGAUGGAUUUCUCUGACACUACCAUCUCUGACCUUGAGGCGAUGGAGGGUGGGGCAGCUGAGGAGGAUGUUGAUGACAAGUCUGACAUUGUUGAUAUCCCGUAUGAGAGCAAAGUUGACACACUUUAUGAGAUAGCCAGGUUCAAGAAAUACAGCUGUGAAAAGUGUCCUUAUGCCAGUGCCAAGCGGUCACAUUACGAGCAUCAUGUGGAACUUCACGGCAGCAAGCAGAGAUGCGGAUGUAGGUACUGUGACUACAGCGUGCCCUCACAGAACUUGUUGGCCCAGCAUGAAAAGCUUCACAGAACUCCCAACCAGAACCUCAUGGUAGCUCAGUCCCUUUCCAACCUCCUUCAGCUACCUGAGGUCCCUGCGGAUGUGGCCUUGGCCAGUACUCUGCCUCCAUUAGACACUAAAGAAUCUUUCACAGUCAGUGUCACCCAUGAUCAUCUAGAACUGUUUGAGAAUUCUGCUGAUGCAGAUUCUGAGCCUAAGAAACUGUAUCGCUGUGAUAGAUGUCCCUAUGCCAAUGUCAGACGUGACCAUUUACUGUCUCACCUCAAGUUCCACAUGAUCCGCAGUGAUCUGGCAUGUCCCUACUGUGAUUACACGGCUUCUAAGCAACACCUGCUUACUCAGCAUAUCAAGGUUCAUUUCUCUCCCCUGCCCGAACUCUCCAACUGGCUGGCUCAGAAUGGACAGAUGGAUCGGAUGAAGCAGUCAAAGGAACCGGAUAUUACUGAAGCCCUGUAUGUGGCACAGUUGCUUCAGGGAGAGAUAAAAAAGGAGACUAAUAGGAGAAGUUUGGAAACUGGUCCCUCUAGGAAUAAUAGGUGGAGAGAAGAAAAGUCAGGUUCCCAGUGCUUCAGAGGGAAGUUUGAUAGACAUUCCAUCCAAAACCCAUCGACCCUUCCUCAGAUGCUGAAAUUCCCUGUUUCAGCAGAAGCACAAAAAGAAGUCGACCUUCCUGCUGAAAAUAAGACAUCUGGUGAAGACUGCCAGACAGGGUCUGGAGUAUUGACCGACUCACCAGAGAAGAUUCCAGUCACUGAGGUCAAGGUCAAACAGGAGAUGAAGGAGCCGUGUAAAAUUGACAGCUACAUAUGCCAGUAUUGUGACCGAGAAUUCGCUGCCUCUGGACAGCUCGUUAUGCAUGAGAUGCAGCACCUGAUUGGCAACAACUUCAAGGACUACCUGGCAGAAAACCACGCAAAGACUGAAAAACAGGAAGUGAUAAUGAAUGGCAAGAGCGAAAAAGUGGACGAAACUGUCAAAGACCAAACAAAAAAGAAUGAUAAGAUAAAUAGCGAAGAGACAGAGUGCCCUCAAAAAGGAGAAAAACCUGUACAGAAUGGGAUUGAGGAUAAACAGGAGAAGGGGCCAAAACUAAACGGAGAUGAGCCAGGACUGCAUGAGGGAACAGAAAAUGUAACGGUAGAGGAGAAUCUCAUGGAAACUGACUAAUAGUAUUUCACGGUAUUGUAAGGGUUCUUCAAAGUAUUGCUAUUGGCUGUCCUCCUACUGGAAUGACAUAAUUGUGAGUGUAAAAAGUAAAUGUUAGUAUUAAGCCAAAUUUGAUUCAAUUAACGCAUUCAACUAUACGGAAUUGAAUGUACUUCCGACAGUAUUCCAGGUGCUGGAUUGGGAAAGGACCCUUCUACCGUCUUGUGUUGUGAAAGUUCUGUGGAACAGCAAAUGACUUUAAGAUGCGUCUCAUGUGAUACUUCAAAUGAUUUAAACCAUAAGCUUUAAUAUCACUUAUGAACUUGUGUCUUAAGUAUUUUUGAGAUUUACGACUGGUGACAGAAGUAAAU